UACGAUUCUACCCAUACAUCUUUGAUAAACUACCUAUUUUAUACGUAAAUACCAGGGCGUUCAUUUGUAAAGGCGGAGACCAUGUCGCAUUCUAGGGCCAAUAACCAGAGUGCAGAUCUAGAGCAUCUUGAACUGAGUGAGGAUGUUGUUGCUAACUCACCUGAUGAUACUCGCCCCGGAUUACAUCCAGCAUCAUUGCAGAAUGACCCCAGGCGUGUCUCUAUUAACUCAUUUGAUUCGACAGCCUCCAAUUCUACAGUCAAGUAUCACCCACCCCCUUCAGAACAUUCCUCAUCACAAGGACGACCAACGUCCCACCGUCACGCUUCAACAGGAUCAGCGAACUCCGCAGCUCAAAACUCACGGCGUCCAAAGUCAUCGCCCGUUUAUAGACAUUCCACAGCAGGAGCGCCUCCUUCAUCACUGUCAAGCCAACGACGCCGACGAUCACAUACUGGAAGGCCUGCCUCAACUCGGUCUUCAAUCAGACAUCGUGACAUUGAGGAAGAAGACGAAAGUGGUGAUGGCGACUCGGACAACCGUUAUGAGCAGCGUCCCAGUUAUCUAAAGCGAGGCAGCUCAAGACGAUCUGUGCGGCUUCAUCCAGAGGAUGAGUAUGAUGCGCGGGUCCAUGAGAGUCAUGAUCCGUCAUUCACAGGCCAUUCUGGUGAAGAGCGUGACGAAGACGAAGAGGAGAGUGAUGUUGAGCCCUUAACACUGAAAGACCGACAAGAGACCAUCAAUCAAACACAUCCAUUCGGAUUGCCUCUCUGGAAACCAGCACUUUACAAGAAGACACGCUCUGUUCAACAAAAAGCUGAUUCCGCUUUGCACUCCCAACCAUCCGCCGAUCUUUAUCUGUCUGUAGGCAAUAUUCUCUGGACUCUUGUCUUCGGCUGGUGGCUAUCACUAAUCUGCUUCUUGGUCGCUAUUGUAUUGUUCCUGAUCCCCUUCGGUGGAAGUGCAUAUGGAAGCGUGGUCAUUGGCCUUAGCUAUUAUCUUCUCUGGCCAUUUGGAAAGUAUGUUGAACGAGAAUUGUAUCCCGACGAAAUAAGAGCUGAUGGGAUUCAUUACCAGACGCCCUCGACAGCAAGCGGUUAUGGACACGCUGGAUAUAACAGUAGUAAUGGACAUAGCAAUGGCUACAGCCAGGGCUAUUAUGGAAACAGCAACAGUAACCGCAACAGUCAUUUCAGCCAUCAAUCACCAUCUGGGGAGUCGCGACCACUUCUUUCAAGGGGCGCCUCAACAAUGGACCGUGAGCGCUUCCGCUCUCGGGAAUCAUGGGCCAAAACCAUCAAGAAUCUCCCGCGAAAUACAUGCCGCCUCGGUCUUGGCGGAAUUGUCUAUUAUGCUUUUUACUACCUUUUGAUCGGGCCUCUCCAUCUAUUUGUCUCGUGCCUAUGCUGGUUUAUGGUAGUCUCGAUUCCCAUGGGAAAAUUGACUUAUGUGCUCGCAUCUCACCUUCACAGAGACCCGCUUCGACUUCACUUUAAGCGUGGUAGCUCACUCGCCUUCUCAUCUCAGCGUUCCGAGAUCCUUCUCUGCACUUAUGACGCCAUCGGACUGCAGUACUACAAGUACACAUAUGAUGGCACCAAUAUCAUCUUUAUUAACUUGAUGCCUAUCGUGUUCUUCACAAUCCUGGAUGAAUAUGUCCUCACACACGUCCUUGGGCAUGAUAAUGUCCUCACUUCGCCAGCCGUGAUUUUCUCGUUGGGUUUAUCCUCUGUGAUCCCAUUGUCGUACUUCAUUGGCAUGGCUGUCUCAUCCAUCUCGGCACAGUCGUCUCUGGGAAUGGGCGCUGUGAUCAAUGCAACUUUUGGCUCCAUUAUCGAAAUCAUUCUCUACUCAGUCGCAUUGACACAAGGCAAGGGCUUGAUCACUGAGGGUGCCUUGAUCGGAAGCUUCCUUGCAGGUCUUUUACUCAUGCCUGGUGUCAGUAUGAUGAGCGGCGCAGUAAAGAAAAAAGAGCAAAAAUUUAAUGCCAAGAGCGCAGGUGUCACCGCUACGAUGUUGAUUAUGUCACUCAUUGGAGUCUUGACUCCAACACUUUUCUACAACAUCUAUGGACGUUUUGACCUGCGUUGUGUACCAUGCCCAGAGACAGAGCUGUUGACCAAUGGUGCGACCUGUCAACGUUGCUAUCACUACCAGCCCAACCCAACCAAUGACGCAUUUUUCCAAAAGAAUGUCAAACCGCUGAUGUACUUUUGCUGUAUUGUCCUUCCUUCUGCAUACCUAAUUGGUAUCUGGUUCUCACUUCGAACACAUGUUAAACAGAUCUGGCAUGAGCCUCAACCACGCUCUGUGAGAGACUCUUCCAUCUACAAAAAACUUUUACCUAUGCAUAUCCUGCAACAACUCCUUCACUAUGGCGCGGGCGCACCACACCCUGCCAAUAAUACUGAUAGACCCCGCUCUGCUGCAGCUGCUGCAGACGAUGCUGCAGAGUUGGGUCGAUUCACAUCAGUAGAUUCUGCACACUCGACAGCCAAUUAUCACUCCACAUCACUUCAUGGUGGUUUAGGCGAAAGACGGCCACCUCAUUCAACUUCCGAAACACAUCUCAAUGGAGAAGAUGCACCUAUCCAUCCUGCAGCACAGGGACUACUCUCUUCGCUGAACGUAGACCAUGAUGGUCUCAAGAGUGAUCAUGGGGACGACGAUGAGGACGAUGAAGGUGCCCAUGGUGGUCAUGACUCUCCCAACUGGUCCAAGGCCAAGAGCGCCACAGUUCUCCUUGGAUGCACAGUUCUUUAUUCAAUCAUUGCUGAAAUCCUUGUGGAUAGUGUGGAUGCUGUAUCGUCCAUUGACGAGAAGCUAUUGGGAUUGACGCUGUUCGCGCUCGUACCAAACGUCACUGAGUUCAUGAACGCCAUCUCAUUCGCCAUGUAUGGCAAUAUUGCACUUUCGAUGGAGAUUGGAUCGGCUUAUGCGCUUCAAGUGUGUCUGAUUCAAAUCCCAGCCAUGGUGGCAGUGUCUGCAUGGUUGAGUCACGGGAAGAGUCUCGCUUGGAAUUAUGUGUUCAACUUGAUUUUUGAACGUUGGGAUGUGUUCUCGAUGUUGUUCUCUGUGUUCUUGUUGACAUACACAUAUAUUGAAGGAAAGAGUAACUAUUUCAAGGGCAGUAUUUUGAUCUUGAGUUACUGUGUACUCAUGGCUGGCUUUUUCUAUGCACCUCCAUCUCCAGGCAUGGGUGAGGUGGACUUUAGAAAUAUUUAGAGCCGUUGUAAAUAAUGGAUGAAUCCUUCAAGUAUAUACAAUAAAGAAAGUCUAUUAUUAUUAGAG